AUGACAAAACAAAAAAUCCCGCAUUGUCAGUUUGACGUCAAACCGCACAUUUCGCCCUUCGCCAUGCUAAGCCAGACCAAGAUGCAGUUGUGGUACCCCAAAAAGUCAUCGGAGGAGCCUUCCACCCUCAACUCGAACCCUUUUAUGAACAAAUACAAGCAGGACGAGAAGUGUCAAAUUAUCAACAACGAAGACUGUGACAAUCACAGCCUUGCGCUGUCGGAUACCAGCGACGGCAACGAAGAAAUCAACGUAGAAUUCCUAUCUGAAGACGACUCUAGCAGAGUUGCGACUCCGGGCGUCAGCGACUGUGAGGAUGAAGUGGAAAGGAAGAGGAGGAAAGCGGAUGAUAUAGAAGUGAGCGAUUUUAUCGACUUGGAUUAUUGGAAAAAGGAGACGCUGUGCUGCGGAACGAUCUUCAGGGGGAUGUACGACGAGAUAUUAGUGGAUGCUAGGUUUAUCAAACCUUGCAAGAAUUCUUUUUUGAACAGAGAAAGGAAGAGGGAAAAUAAUAUUUAG